GGUCGGAGGAGGAGCAGGAGCAGGAGGAGGGGCGGCGGCGGCGGCGGCGGCGGCAUGGGCCGGUCCCGGAGCCGCAGCUCGUCCCGCUCCAAGCACACGAAGAGCAGCAAGCACAACAAGAAGCGGAGCCGCUCGCGCUCCCGCUCGCGGGACAAGGAGCGGGUCCGCAAGCGGUCCAAGUCUCGCGAGAGCAAGCGGGCCCGGCGGCGGGAGUCCCGCUCGCGCUCGCGCUCGGCCACCGCCGCCGCCUCCCGCCGCGAGCGCGAGCGCGAGCGGGAGCGCGACCGGGACCGCGAGCGCGAGCGCGAGCGCGACCGCGCCUCCUCCCCCCCCGACCGCAUCGACAUCUUCGGCCGCACCGUCAGCAAGCGGAGCAGCCUCGACGAGAAGCAGAAGCGCGAGGAGGAGGAGAAGAAGGCCGAGUUCGAGCGCCAGCGGAAGAUUCGGCAGCAGGAAAUUGAAGAGAAGCUCAUUGAAGAAGAGACGGCCCGAAGAGUAGAAGAACUUGUGGCCAAACGAGUAGAAGAAGAAUUGGAGAAACGGAAAGAUGAGAUUGAGCGAGAAGUUCUCCGCAGGGUGGAGGAAGCUAAGCGCAUCAUGGAAAAGCAGUUGCUCGAAGAACUCGAGCGACAGCGACAAGCUGAGCUUGCAGCACAAAAAGCUAGAGAGAGGAAGCUGGCGCGUAUGGCAGCCGAGGAGCACACUCUGCAGGACACUGGACAAGACAGUAAAUAUUCAACUUUUAAUGCUGAUUAAAGGAGUAUAGGUAAAGAAUACGUAGGUAUACAUAAUUGGUGAGACAAACUAUUCGCUUUAUUUAUAUUUUAUAUAUUAUUUUUUUAAUUUGGUAAAUACUAUCCAGUUUUGUAGUUGUCCUUGUUGAUUUGUGUGAUAUUAAAGUAUUAGUAAUAACUGACAGGAACUCUGAUUAGGGAGGGUUUAGUUGAUUGCUGUUUGGACUGGGAGGGAUGAUUUAAAUUUAGUACUAGCGAUCAAUUUUAGUGGCUGCGCAGUAGACCGUUUGUCAGACGAAAGGUGGCUAUAGAGCUGCCCUGUUAAGUCAGAUCACCGAAAUAAAAAAAUAAAAAAAAAGAAAGAAAGAAUCAGAGGAAGAUUAGCGAAGAUGCACAGAUUGAGAUUUUACUUUUCUAACAUUUUACCAUGUCCUCCCCUCUAGGAGGAAGAGCG